CUCCCACCAGUCACCUCCUCGGGGGCAGCAGCGGGCCCUGCACGGGCGCCACAGGGGGUGUGGGCCCCUGGGUGCGAGGCCAGACCUCACCAGCCAGUUCCCGCCUUAUGCUGGGUGGCUGGAUCCAGAGGCUUCUCCUAGAGUUGGCCCUGCUCUUUUAGGGGACAUUGAGGGAAACUGAGGCUUCAGUGGUGGUUGGCUUCGGGGGUGGGAGGCAGGACCCAGGUCUCCUGAUGGCCCAGCAGGGCGUGACGGUCAGUGUGUGUGUCAGUGUGUGCUCCUGGCUCAGGGCACAGGUGCCUUCUUGGGCGCUUGGUGGCCUCUGGGCAGCACUCAGCCUGGCAGGGAGCUGUGUGUCACAGAUGGACGGGUGGACGCCUCACCCAGCCUCCCUGAGGGCUGCCAGGCUUGUCUGUUGACCCUGUCUUGCGUGGCGCUGAGCCCCUAGAACCCCCGCGGCAGCCAGGCACGGGGUGCCCUGGUCACCCCUGUUGAGGGUUUGGGGUUGGGUCCUGGGAGUAAAUCCAGUUGAUUUCCUGAGAGAGAGCCUGUGGGCCACGCUCCCUUCGAGGCCCCGAGGGUCUCACGGGGAGCAGAGACCUGGCCAUGCCUGUCCUAAGGGCUCUGAGAGGCUGGUCAGUGACGGACCAACGCGUGCGCAGAGGCCAGAUGCGAGGCCGCCGCCAGCCUCUGCCCGCAGACCUGUUGCGGCUCUGGAGCCAUCACUCUGCGUGACCUUGGGCAGGUCGCUGGACGUUUCCGAGCGUGGUGUCCUCGUCUCUGAAUAGGAAGAGCUGCGAGGCUUCGUGAAAUCUUGGUUGUGACUUCACGGAGAAGCUGAGCCUUGUAAGAUCGCUGAUGACCAGCGGGCUCAGCUUAAAGGGCGCUUCUAAGCUGGCAUUGCGCGUUCGGUGUCAUCUGCGUGCUGUUUGUCGUCGCCAAAAUAGCCAUCAGCACCCGAGAGAAGACGGACGCCAGGCCUCCUCGCUGGAGAGGCAGAGCCCUCGUGUGGCCUCCUGCCUCGCUCACAGCCUGUGUCCUGGGGAGCCGGGCUUGCAGACAACAGCAGUGGUGUCCAUGGGCUCUGCAGACCAUCAGUUCAGCCUCGCAGAGAUCCUGUCCCAGAACUACGGCCUCCAGGAGGAGUGCACAGAGGCCGCGAGCGACCCGGAGAAGCCGGAGGAGGAGCUGGAGAAGGACUUCAUCUCCCAGAGCAGUGACAUGCCGCUGGACGAGCUGCUCGCCCUCUAUGGUUACGAGGCGUCAGACCCCAUCUCGGAGCAGGAGAGCGAGGGCAGCGACGCCACAGCCCACCUCCCGGACAUGACCCUGGACAAGGAACAGAUAGCGAAGGAUUUGCUUUCAGGGGAAGAAGAGGAAGAGACGCAGUCUUCAGCUGAUGACCUCACUCCGUCAGUGACCUCCCACGACGCCUCCGACCUUUUCCCUGACCAGAGUGGGUCUGGCUUCCUGGCUGCUGCAGACAAAGAGCCUGGCUCCUCCACCUCGUCCGACGCCGAGGAGGACCCUCUUCCUGCCAACAAAUGUAAGAAGGAGAUCAUGGUUGGGCCUCAGUUCCAAGCCGACCUCAGCAGCCUGCACUUGAACCGCCACGGAGAGAAGAUCUAUGAGAAUGAAGACCAGCUGCUCUGGGACCCCAAUGUCCUCCCCGAGAGAGAGGUGGAGGAGUUCCUGUACCGGGCGGUGAAACGGAGGUGGCACGAGAUGGCGGGGUCUCAGCUCCCGGAGGGAGAAGCCGUGAAAGACAGCGAGCAGGCACUGUAUGAGCUGGUGAAAUGCAAUUUUAACAUCGAGGAGGCCCUACGGAGGCUGCGGUUCAAUGUGAAGGUGAUCCGAGAUGGGUUCUGUGCGUGGAGCGAGGAGGAGUGCAGGAACUUUGAGCACGGCUUCCGAGUGCACGGGAAGAACUUCCACCUGAUCCAGGCCAACAAGGUGCGCACGCGGUCUGUGGGCGAGUGCGUGGAGUACUACUACCUGUGGAAGAAGUCAGAGCGCUACGACUGCUUCUCCCAGCAGACGCGGCUGGGCCGCAGGAAGUACGGCCCGGCAGGAACCACGGAUGCAGACCAGGACCUGGACGGUGGUGACCCUGAUGGCCCUGGCCGCCCCCACUCUUCGCUGCCCCUGCCUCCCGCUGCUGACGGCCUGGGCCCCGAGCCAGACCCCCUGGCACAGAUGCAGACGGAGCCGCCGAGCGUGGACGGCGCGGCCAGCAGUGUCGCUGAGCCCGAGGAGGGCUCUGACGGCCUCCCGUCCUCAGAGCCGGGGCCCGGUUCGUUCCAGCAGCUGGACGCGCCCCCGGCGGUGCCCCUGCCCCGGCGGCCACCAGGCCUGGCCGAACCGGCCUUCUACCCACCAACCGUGGCCACUCCAGAGCCCAGCGCCAGCCCGAGACUGGCUGUAGACUUGGCCUUGCCCGGGGCCCUCCCCGAGGAGCUGCCCCUCACCUCCAGCCACACGGACGUGCACGGACAGCCUGAGGAGGCCGUGGCCCCCGCACAGGUGGCCUUGUCAGUCACCGAGUUUGGACUCAUCGGCAUUGGGGACGUGAACCCCUUCCUGGCCGCCCACCCAGCGUGCCCGGCCCCUGGGCUGCACUCGGAGCCCCUGUCACACUGUAACGUGAUGACCUGUUGAUCCCUGGCCGCAGGUGGGCGUGUGUGGCCUGGACUGGACUUGUGGCCACCGUGGGGCCUGCCUCCGCCGUCUUCCCGACCCUUCCCUCCUUGUGGGCCGUGGGGGACGCCUGCUCUGCUCAGAACACUCCAAGGACUGUGGCAAGUGGUGGCCCGGCCGCCCCUCCCUGCACAGACCGGCACCCCCAGCGCCCGACACUGCCGUGGCCCCGUCGAGCAGCUGGGUCGGAGGGCCCUGCCCGUCUGACCAGCAGAGGCGAGGAAGCCGUCCCUGCCUGUCGGGGAGACGGGGCUGGACGCCACCCCCACCAGCAGCCUCCGCCCGGGGCGCCCCAGCUCUCUGCGUGGCCCCGUCUCCCUCCUCCUGGCUGGGCCGCGGGCUGCCCCAGCCCAGGGGUCGGUGGGCAGCUGCUACUCGGUGCCAAACCCCGUGGGGCACAGAGCCAUAUACCUCGAUGUCGGCCCGCCCGCGCCCGCGCGCUCUCUCCACUUCAGGAAAAGACGCACUUUAUGCUCUCUCUCCUGGGGGCCCCAGCAGCCUUGGGCGUGGGCUCCGGGAGACUGGUGACCACAUCCCUCUUGGUACUGAGGCCUGUCACCUGCAACACCGAGGGGCCGGCCUUGAGCCCGUUCCCCUGACCCCGAGGGUCGGAUUUCUGCUGACGCUCCCCGGGAGGAUGGUUUGGGGUCCUGGUCCUUCUCUUCCUGCCUCCCUCAUUUUAUUUAUGUUUCUGUUUACAAAUUGGAGUGGGGUCCUCUGGGGGCAGGGGCAGCACCUCCAGCCACCGGUGUCACCAGGGGAGCGUUUUGGCUCGAGCCCCCUGCUCCAGGAGUCGGACUUGGGCUCCCUCUCGCCCCACAAGGACCACACUGUGAAGUGACAGCUGCCUUGGACCCCUUGCUGUUUUAUUUAUUAAACUUGAGUUGAAGCCCGGGA